UGUGCUUUCUCCCUUCACUCUUUUCAGUUCCGACAUCCAUGCGUCUCUAACCCAACUCCUUCUGGCUCCAUCCAGAUCGUCCUGUCGCGUCGUGUCGUACCCUUGACAUCUGGGGAUGAAAUUGUUCCCCUCAUGCGAGGAGUCCUGCACUGCAUAGAUUCACACGACCCUUAAAGCACGCGCCCGGUGUGGCCUGGACGAGCCACUUUCCACCCCUUCCCCUCACACACAACCCCCCUCCACCCGCUCAUUCCAAUGAACCAGUGACUGGUGGAUAUCUCUUCGCUAUUGUAGACUGUCGCCGUUGCCCAGCAUGGCAUCCAUCAUGGAGGGGGGCCUACUGCCCAUGAUUAAAUGCUCCAAUUGUGGAAUGAGCGUGGAAAUCUCCUCCAUGGGCGAUCAUGUGUGCGUUAAACCAAUGCCAGCGACUCCUUCGCCCUCUCAAUCCCCUCCGCCGCCCCCGCCCAAAUCAGACAAUGUGUUACCCUCCAGAACUCCCAGCGAUGCCUGGGCCUCCAAGUCUGGAAGGUCCGGCCCUCCGCCUCGCAUUGACCCUGCAAUGGCCAAUCGUCCCUUCCUGAACCCCGCAAGCCCAAUCGCCAACCACGACCCGUUGGUCCCCUCCCCUCUUUCAACGUCUUCAGGUCAGCGAUCGCCGUUCAGAGCGCUCCAGCGCAGCCAGACCUCUCCGUUGCCCGACGAACCGCAAUCCCCGGAUUCGAUUAACCUGGAAACCGCCUUUGCGACUUUCCCUUUACCCCGUUCCAUGUCGGACAGACGCCCGGGUGGUAUGUCAAACGCAAAGGAUCUCAGGUCAGCACCACCAAUGCCAUCGGCUCGAUUGGCACCUGCAUUGGACAGAAAUGCGCUGGAUGACGAUAUGCCCCCGCCACCGCUCCCGAAAGAUGACCCUCCGGCGACGGCCAUGGGCGUUGGGCAUAGACAUGGCGCUUCGAUAGACAGCAAAAGCAGCUACCGGACAUCGCUGGCAAGCACACGGUAUGGAGACAAUAGGAAUUCCAAGCGGUCGACUGCCAUGUCGAGCCGCCGGCCUUCAUUUGGAAGCGUCGCGCGCGAUCCGUACAAGUUCGUGGAUGAUGCCCCCCCGGUUCCGUCUGCUGCACCGCAACAACUCCUGCGCCCCUCCAGGAUUUCGGACACCUCGGUAGCCGGAGUCGCAGACAAGCGUGAAGGCAGGGGUGAAAUAUACAGUGGCUUCGAUUUUGGAGUGUCGGAACGGCCGACGAGCGCCAAGGCUGAGAUUGACCAUGUCAAUGCGAGCGCACUCCGAGUCUCCUCGCAUACCAACAGCAACUCCGAUCGUCUGAGCAGCAACCGCGGCUCAGCAGAGUUGUUCUUCCAAAGCCCGUCCCAGAGUUCCUAUGGACCACCGCUCGACUUUGAGCUACCCAACGAGCCGCUGGCUUCACCCGCGACCCCGGCCAACGGGGAGUACAAGGCCUUCAAGCCACAAAGCUCUGAAUUUCUCCAACCAGCAGACGCUGAAUCUGGUCGCACCCACGAGCGGGAUAUUAACCAGAGGAAGGAUUCUGAUUCCGCCAGUGAGGGAAACAACUCCGUCUCCAACUUCGCACGAGCAUUGGGACUAGAGGUCGACCACACCGCGAAUGAUUCAAUCACCUCGUCGGAUUCCUCGCCGUCCGACACCACCCGGAGUGGAACGUCUCUAUCUAGCCUGCCAUCGGAAGCCAGUAUGUCCCGACGGAAACCGUCAGACCAGGGUCGUCUGGGCGCUGUUGUGGAGGAGGAGAAGAAGUCUCAGCAGCCUGUGCUGGACGAACCGGUCCUCGAAAGUCCGACCGAGCUCGAGCCCCCUCGCAUUCCAGAGGCCUUAUUCAGCCCGGACUCGCCAACUGACCCUGCCAUUAGUCAGGGCAGCCUGUCGCUUGUUUCGGAAAAGAAACCCCGACGUCCUGAAGAGGAGAGCCCACCGCGGCAAGAGGUGGUGCGUUCUGCGACGGCACCGCAGCCGCGACCCUCCCCUCGGCCCAAGGGACCCUGCCGUGGUUGUGGUGAAAUGAUUAUGGGCAAGUCCGUGUCAUCGGCCGAUGGCCGUCUGACGGGUCGAUACCACCGCGCCUGUUUCGUGUGCUUCCAGUGCCGGACGCCGUUCCAGACGGCCGACUUUUACGUCCUGGAGGACCGUCCCUAUUGUGCCCAGCACUAUCAUGAACGCAACGGCUCUCUUUGCCAAACCUGCAAUACUGGCAUUGAGGGUCAGUACCUUGAGACGGUGGAACGCCGUGGUCGUGGGCCCGCGGAUCGCCAGAAGUUCCACCCGGACUGCCUGAAAUGCCGCACCUGCCAGAUUCCCCUCAAGGGGGAUUACUUUGAAUGGUAUGGCCAGGUUUACUGCGAACGUGACGCCCGACGGGCGGCAGCUGCUACGCCACCACCUCCUCGUCCUCGCCGUCCAACCAUGCCCUCGUCUCCGUUAGCCCCGUCCGGCCGUGGAUAUCCCCCACCGCCUCCAGGGUACAUGGGCCCUCCUGGCCCCGGUCCUGGCUUUGGACCGCCUCGUGGACGGGGUCGUGGUCUGCGACCCCCCGGCCCAGUCGAUGGGCCAUAUGCAGCGGCGGGACCCCUUCCUCCCGCGCGACGUUUCCCGGAGCGCCGGACUACCAGGUUGAUGAUGAUAUGAUAUCCCUAAUGGCUGUUCUGAUGGGCGUUACGCUGCGGACAGCUUUCUUUUCUCUUAUUUUGCCAAUGCUUUCCAAGUUUUCGGGCACAUAUUUUUUGCCCUUCACAUUUCCUUGCCAUGACCUAGACCUUUCGCCAUAUACCCUUCUUUUGCAUCUCCAGAAAUUGGUUCCUCAUCGUUAAUUCUUUCUCCCCUGGCUGGCGAGGUUUGAACUGGGGUCGUUUCUCUUCUUAUCUGUUGGUGGUCACCAACAAGUCAUGUUUACACUGCAUAAUGUCUGGUGUCAUCUUGGUGUUUCCAAGCUGGUUAUUCUACUUGGUUGGGUGGCUGGAUAUCCUCUUGACGGCAUGUUAGAG